UUGUGUGAGGAAGAAAUCGCGGGUUUCUUGUCGGCAUUAAUAUUAACGAUACAAAAAAAACCAACAACGACAACAGCAACAUGGAACAACCACACGCAGUUAAAUGUGACUUUUGUGGGAAUGCCUACACGACUGCAGAGGAAGAAGCUGAACCCAAUCUGCCCCGCAUGCUCGUAUGUGGUCACAUUUUCUGCACUUUCUGCCUGCAGUCCAUUGAAUGUGACAAUGUGGUCAUGUGUCCCGACUGUAAGGUGAAGUCGAUCCGACCAGAAGAGGGAGUCUUUGGACUGCAGGAGGAAGACCGCAUCAUCGGCCUCAUCUAUACCGGCAAGAUGAACAGAAUGAGAAGGUCCAAGUCAAGAAGUCACAGGAGGAUCACAGCAAAAUCCUUUGACACCAGUGGCAACCCCGAGGGUGUGGAGCAGCAAGCGCCCCUUGAGAAGAUUGAGAGGGCCAUUGACGAGUCACUGGCCACUGCUGCGGAACAUUUGCCAAAGCUGGAGCACUUAGAACAGGUUUUAACUACAGGCCUGGCAGAGAAAGUUAAAAAAGAGAGAGCCCGACUGGAGAUGGAGAUUUGCCACGGUGCGAACAAGGCGAUGUACACCAUCCAAAAGUGUGUGUCAGAAAUGUCAGUCCAGCAGCACUCCAACAACCUUUCCAGACAGCUUCCCAGCCAUCGUCAAGUCAAAUCUUUAGCCAGCAACUACAGCCAGACUAGCCAAGGCAAAGUCGAGGUUCAGAUGUGGAAAGUGAGCCCUGGAAGAAAGAGCUGCCAAUCUCUGAGCCUGAUGCGUCAUAGCAACCAUGACCCCUGCAAGACCUCCUCAGAUAACGUCACUCCUAACAUUAUGAUUGAGGAGAUUAUAAAGCCAGAGGACCAAGAUGUUCCCCCUACUGGUCCAGAGUUGGCCAAUGAAUACUGGAGGUCAUGCAGGAAUAGAAGAUGGUCUUUGUCUGGAAAUAAGAGAAAUGUUACCCAGUGGGUGGUGGUGACUCAUGUGGUGAAUCCCACUCACUUCUAUGUGCGCUAUGUGGCCAAGGAGAGGGAGAGUAACAUCCUAUCCAGGGAGAUCAACAACUUUUGCCAACUAGACACUGACUGCUUCUCGUCGAUCGACAAAGUGCAAGCUGACUCUGUGAUCUUGGCAAAGGGAUAUGAGGGUCUGUGGUGCCGCACUAGUGUGCUGGAGGUCUUCCAAAAUGGCCAAGACAACAGCUUGAAGGUCUGUCCAGUCAAUGAACUUGUCGGUGUAUACAUUUUCUUCAUUGACUAUGGCUUCACGAAGAGGAUCAACAUAAAAAGGAAUGUCUCAAGCACGGAGUCCUCUGCAGACAAUGUUAACAAGCAACUACGGAAGAUAAACCCAGAGCUGCUUCGUUUUGCUCCUCAAGCCAUCCGAUGUUCCCUCAAAGACCUGGUACCCUACGAUCUGACAAAGGGUUGGAGUGAAGAGGCUCAGAUGGUGUUCUGCCAAGUGGUGGGUUCCGCUGCCGUGGAAAUGACUUCCUUUGGUCAAGACAAAGACGCCCUGCUGGUUGACCUCAACAAAGCUCCCAUUCGAAGAUCUACAAACAUUCCCAUUUCGAUCCGGGAAUAUCUGGUUUUUACUGAAGUGGCUAGAUUUUAUUAUCCGGUGAAGCUGAGCAGGAGGCCACUCAAGUACUACCCGGCCGUCUUACCGAAAAUCCAUGUAGAGUGCAGCGCGUUGGUGACCCACAUCAAUAGCCCUGAUGACUUCUACAUCCAACUGCAGACUGACAAUAUGGAGUUAUCGCUGCUCAAAGCAAAGCUUCAGGAGUGCUACAACGGCAAGAAUGGAGAAGACCUGAUGGUUUACUGUCCUGUCAUUGGACAGGCCUGCGUGGCCUGCUUUGAUGAUAACACGUGGUACAGAGUUGAGGUCAUGGGCCAUCCCAGGAGCCGAAAUGUGGCGGUACGCUCAAUUGACUACGGACAUAAAACAGUGUUGUCAGCCAGCGACUUGCGGAAGAUGAAGGAUGAGUUCUUCUCCUUGCCGACAUUGGCGAUCCAGUGCUGCCUGUCAGACGUGAUUCCUCUGGCUGGAAAGAAGUGGAGCAACGCCUGUAUCGAACGCUUCACAUGCCUGGCUCACAACAAGGUGUUCACCAUAAUAGCCACAGAAAAUUCCCCCAAGACAAAACCUCUACCAGUCAAGAUGCUCAAGAGCAGGCCAACGGACACACUCACUGAUAUAGCUGAGGUGCUAAUAACAGAGAAGUUGGUCUGCUCCAAAAAUGGGUUGAGUGAGCUUCUGAAUGAGUGUGAGCACCUGGAGCCUCAAAACGUGGAGUGGAAGCCUGACAUGUUCUGUGCAGCUCAUGUCAAGAAGGAAAGAGGACAGAUCUGUGCCAAAGUCUCUUUCGGCAAUAUUGUAGAGGAGAUGAAAUGUGACCACGGCAACAAGGUCAAGCUACACGUAAGCAACCUGCAGCCACUCUGUCCUUCAUUAGUCGGUUCUUUUAGAUUGGAGUGCUCGCUGACGGACAUCAGACCUGCAAGGGGGCAAAACAUCUGCACACCCACAACCUGCGACUUCAUGCGGUACAACCUGUCAGGAGCCUCAGUCCCAAUCACCAUCCAGGUGAAAACUGAUCUGUACAAAGCACCUGAGCUUCCACAACUGGGUCACAACCACUUGACAAUCACUGCCAUCAACAAAGACAGAUAUAUCUACGCCAGAACAGACGCCGCAGGGUACCAUUUGGAGCAGCUGAGGGAGAAAAUCCACCAGAGUAUGAAACCGCUGCCCAGUCAGAAGAUGUACAAAUGGAAGACCAUGCAGGGAUGUGCCGUCAUCGGACCCGACAUGCUGUGGCACCGGGGCCAUGUGCUGGAGGCCUUGGGGGGACACGUCAAGGUCCAGUACGUGGACUAUGGCCUGGUAGAGAACAUUCCAGUGGUCCACGUCUACCCUAGCCUACUGUGUGAGGACAUCCCUCAACUCUGCGUGGCCUGUCAGCUAGACGCCAUCAACUCUUUAGUCGGCAGCUGGCAUCAGAAUGCUGUGGUGCUCCUCAGUGAAAUGCUCUUGUAUCGCCGAGUAGAUGUCAACGUAGUGAAACUGCCGACUAACCCCAGGCAACCACUCACAGUUGAGAUCGUCUUGGAUGGAAUGAACCUCAGCUCCAUCUUGUAUCAUUACAAACACACCCUGAUGGACCCCGCAAAAUUGGCACCUCCUCUGCCCACCCCCCCAAUUUCGGACAUCUGGGACAUUGAUAUCAAGGGUCUGCUCGACCUUCAGGAGGGGAUGUUGGGGCCUGUCACGCUACCGAGCCUGCCCGAGCUGGACCAGUCUCUGAAUGUCCGUGUGAAGCACUUGGAGACUCCUAAUAAGGUGUUUUUGUGGUGGGAGGACACUGCCAAGAUACUAGUGAACGGGCAAUGUCUAGAUGAGCAAAUGACAAGAAUCAACGUCAACGUUCAGAAUCUCCUGCCGCUCAAUAACUUUCCUCAAGAGUCGUGUCAAACCGGACAGCCUCCAGAGCCUUCAGCAUACCAGAGAAAGGCGAGCCGGCCUCACAGUCACAAUAAUUGGGGGUUUUCAGGCGGCCCGUGUCUGGCAGAGUAUGUCGACGUCAAGUUUUACAGAGCCGAGAUGCUGAAAAUCAUCUGCGCCAAUCCUGUCCAGAUCCUGAUCAAACACGUGGACUUCGGCUCCGACGACAUCGUGCCCACCAGCAAGCUGCGUCAGAUGCCGGCUGAGCUGCUGCGCUUCCCUGCGCAAGUGCUCAAGGUCCACGUGGGGGGCUUCAAGCCUCCCAGCAUAAGCACGGAGGGCCCGAUGCUUCCCUACAGCGCACAAUGGAGCCUCAAGGCCACGUUGGCCAUGAUUGAACAGCUGCACGGAGACCUCACCGCCAUAGUUCUGAGUGGAGUCAAGUCCAGCGAGCCGUCAGUGUUGCUGUACGACCGGGAUGGACAAUUGGUCUUCUUGCCACUGGUGGCCAGCGGCCUGGCACAACUUGAAUGACGGUCCAACUGGCCACCAUGUUUGCUUUUGCUUUGAGUUGCCACUGUUCACGUUCACUCAAGAACAAGUUAUUUGACACCUUUUGUUGUUGUUGAAGGAGCCCAUUUAAGUUUGCACUGAUUAAAGUGUUGUUUUUGA